CCUCACACGGCAUUCGAAAAAAAUAGUAAAGCCACCCAUCUUCCCAAUUUAUUAGAGAGAGAGAAGAGAGGGAGAGAGAUGGGCAGCUAUAGCAUUUCCAAGUUGGCGAUGGCCACGGUGGUUGUGUUGUUAGGCAUGGCAAGUUUGGUCGGACGGUCAGCCGGUCAAACGACGCCUGCUUGUGCUCAGGACCUGAUACCCUGCGCCGACUACCUCAAGAACACAGCUCAGCCAGCUGCCAACUGCUGCACCGCCAUCAAGCAGGCGGUGGCCAACCAGUUUGCGUGUCUCUGCAACCUCUUUUUCACUCCCGGACUCCUUCAGAGUUUUGGCGGCAACGCCACUUCCGGUCUCAGAAUCGCCACCGCUUGCGGCGAAUCAAUGGAUACCGCCAAAUGCAAAGCUGCCAUAGGUGCUCCUACACCAGAAUCCACACCUGGAACCCCAGGAACGCCGGGAAAUGACGGUAGCGGUUCCGGCAAGGCUGAGUGGACUGCAUUUUCUGCUCCGCUCUUAUUAUGGGCUUCUGUCAUGUUAUAUUAGUCCUUGUUCAUCAACUUAUUUGAGUAUGUUACUCGGGGUCACGAUUAAUUCACAGAUUUGGAGAUGUGUUAUUUGUUUCGUCUCGCUUCAGAUUAAUUUUUUCGAAUAGCACUUUACUUUUUUACCUUAGAUCAUAUAUGUUGGUCAUUUUCUUACUC